CGACCUGAGACCAGUUGGCUGAAGAAGCCUCCCACCCCUCGUCCUUGUUCUCCCUCUGUCUCUCCAUCCACCCUGCUCUCUCUCCUCCCCCUCUCUCCUUCUCUCCCUCUGUAUUUGCCUCCAGAGACUUUCAGUUUUUGAACGCCACCAGCCUUGUUUCUGCCGGCCCUCCGCCCCACGCACACGAAGAGAGCGAAGCGCAGAAACUAUGUUUCCUCUCCGUGCACCCCUGUUGGCCAUGUUGGUCAGCCUGGCCCUGUGCCAGUAUUAUGACUAUGACUACCCGCCUGCGCCCAUGCUAGGGCCCUCUGGUCCAAAUUGUAAUCAAGAGUGUGACUGCCCCAUCCAAUUCCCCACUGCCAUGUAUUGUGACAGCCGCAAACUCAAGUUUGUCCCUGUCGUUCCAUCAGGGAUCAAGUACCUAUACCUCCAGAACAACCAGAUUGAAGAGAUCAAGGCCGGAGUGUUUGACAAUGUUACUGCUGAACUUCGCUGGCUUGUACUUGAUAACAACCAGAUAACCAAUGCUAAGAUAGCAAAGGGUACCAUCGACAAACUUACUGCCUUGGAGAAACUUUUUUUCAGCCACAACAAUCUCACUGAACCAGUCAUUCCUCCCUCAAAGUCUCUUGAUGAGCUGAAGAUGAUGUACAACAAGCUGUCCAAGUUUCCUUCUGGUCUCUUGAAUGACAAAGAGAAUUUGACUUACAUCAACCUUCAGUUCAAUCAGCUAACUUCCGAUGGCAUCGCUGGGGCAUUCAAAGGACCGAAGAAACUGCUGUCUCUCGACGUGAGCCACAAUAAGCUGAAGAAACUGCCAGCUGGAGUCCCCAGUUCACUGGAAAUCCUCUAUGCCGAUUAUAACGAUAUUGAUAGUAUCGGAGCAGGAUACCUGAACAAGCUGCCAUCACUGCAGUACCUGAGGCUCUCCCAUAACAAGCUGGCGGAUGGAGGAAUCCCUCCUGGAGUCUUUAAUGUGACAUCACUGGUGGAACUGGACCUGUCAUUCAACAAACUGCAGUCCAUCCCUGAGGUCAAUGAGCAGCUGGAGCAGUUCUACCUCCAGGCAAACGAGAUCAACAAGUUUGACCUGUCAAGUUUCUGCAAGUAUGUAACUCCCAUGUACUUCUCCCGUCUGAAGCAUCUGCGUCUGGAUGCCAACAACAUCACGCACAGCGACAUGCCUCCUGAAUACUCUGAGUGUCUGCGCCAAGCUUUGGAUAUCAUGUUCGAAUGAGGCCUUCCCUUCGAUUUAAAACCUUUCCGCGACUCCGUCACCUCUUACAGGACAUGACCCAGCUCAGCCCAAUCGUCCGUGGAUUUAAAUGUCACAAUAUCCCUCUUUUCUUGGUACUUGCAUGUCUUUGUGCUUUAUGAUAUGCUGUGUAGUUUGCAAAUCUGGGGUAUUGCAACGGCAUUUUUACCAUUUAAAACAUAGUUUGAACAAAUACAAAAGUGUACAAAAUUGCGGUUUCCUAAUGUAUGGAUACGUGAUGGAUGGUAUGACGGAGUUUUGCAGAUACUUUUGACAUAUCUUAUAUAGCGUCAUCAGUUUUCGUCUUAGUGUUGCAAAUGUUAGGUUCUUUAUAUUUGUAGAUAACUACAUGAAUGAUAUUUCUUACUUUUGGAAAACACACUUAAGUUGAGGGGAAACAAAAUUAUUAGUUAACAUUAUAUGAAAUUAAAUUUAUUGAAAAACUAAACACACUUUACACAUUUCAAACUGACAUGUAAUUUGAAGUGUUAGCAAAAAAAAAACAGAAAAAAAGACAAAGCGCUGUGCACGUCACUUGAAGUGUCAUAUAUUUGUUGUCUUGUAUGUUCCAGUGUUUAGCAUGUUUUUGUAAAGUGGGUACAUGAAUGAAUCCAUUGCUGUGCAAGUAAGGACUCUGUACUCGGAUAUUAUUGUAUAAUGGCUAUUGUGUUUUGUUUUUUGUUUUUUAAUGGACAACUUGUACAAUAGUAAUUACUACUUUAUACAUCAAAUUAUCAGUGGAAGAAUUGUAUGCAUAUAGAAUUAGUCAAAAAUAUGUGAACAUUUUGAGUAACUAGAAGACAUUUUGAUGAUCCACAUCAGUAGGUGGCUUUGUAUUUUAUAAUAUCUCAUCUCAUCCCAAAGUAAAAUCUUCAAACUGACGUAGCACUUGUAUCUUUACACACCCCCUUAGUGUUAAACUGGUAUUUUACUUGAAACUAAAAUUAAGACGACAGGAUUUUUUUUUCCAGAAAUCACAAGUGGGAUUGUUUCUGUAACUUUACGUAGCUAGCUAUCCGCCAUCGUCCACAUUGCUGAUUUGUAUACGUUUGCAUUGCCCGCAUGCGCCCAAUGGUACCAUUCUUUGUUAAUAAACUACAGCUUUUGCAGUUAUGAUGCUCUGA